UUGCCGCUAGCUUGUCUCACCUCGCGGCCGGCAGCCUUGCGCGACGCGCCGCGCUCUUUUACAUUCAAAAUUAUUCGCAACAUUGCAAUUACUCUCUGUGCAAUAAAUUUUUUUCUUCUUUUCGUCAGUUGCAGUCAAACAGAUCACAGAGAGCUUCUUCAAACUUUAGUAAUAAAUUUAAAGUGCCUUUUAAAAGUUUGAAUGCACUCCUCGUUGCAUGUUUCGCGCGUCGUUAUGAGAACCCCGUACUGGCGGUCACGUUGACGUCGCGCGGUGCCGCCAUAUCUGUCUCGGUCACCAACUAGCAAAAUUAAAUAGGUGAAGUACCUAGUGAAAGUGUUUCACAUCACUAAAAUAAUGCAAUAAAGUUCGAUAUCCGCGCGUUCGCAUUUUAAAUUUUUGUUGUACCCGGAUGGAAUGAGGAGUGUACAUUCACAUUGUUUUUAAUUUUCAUAUGUUUGAGCAUCAUUUGUUUUUUGUUUUUUGGACGGUUAGAGAGAUUUCAUUUUCUUGCAAAAUUACAAAAAUUGCAAAAUAAGAAUGGCGGAAGGCAAUGGAGAAAUAUGCAUGGAAGAAGUCCCUGGUAAGGACUCAGACAUUGGCCGCACACCAGAUUACCGCAAACUUAUAGAGUAUGGCUUGGAUCCAAAGGUAGCAGCCAAGCUCGAUGAUAUUUAUAAGACUGGAAAGCUAGCGCACGCAGAGUUGGACGAGCGUGCGUUAGACGCCUUAAAAGAAUUUCCAUCCGAAGGUGCUUUAAGUGUUCUUGGACAAUUUUUAGAUUCAAAUCUCGAGCAUGUAUCGAAUAAAAGUGCUUAUUUAUGUGGAGUUAUGAAAACUUAUAGACAAAAGAGCAGGGCGGGAGUGCAGGGCGCCCCCGCCCUAGCGAGCGCCGUGCCCGUGAAGGGCCCUGAUGAGGACAAGAUAAAGCAGAUUUUAGCGCGGACCGGAUACACGUUAGACGUUACAACCGGUCAACGCAAAUAUGGUGGUCCCCCGCCCGGCUGGGAGGGGGGGACACCCGGCGCCGGAUGCGAAGUGUUCUGUGGCAAGAUACCCAAAGACAUGUACGAGGACGAGCUCAUACCGCUGUUUGAACGUUGCGGCACUAUAUGGGACUUGCGGCUCAUGAUGGACCCCAUGACGGGCACCAACCGGGGCUACGCCUUUGUAACGUUCACUACGCGCGACGCCACGCAGCGCGCCGUGCAAGAGCUCGAUAAUCACGAAAUAAAGCCAGGGAAGACUCUGAGAAUUAAGAUUAGCGUACCGAAUCUUCGACUUUUCGUCGGCAACAUUCCCAAGUCCAAAGGCAAAGAGGAGAUACUGGAAGAGUUUGGUAAAUUAACAGCCGGACUCGUAGAAGUGAUAAUUUAUAGUUCGCCCGAUGACAAGAAGAAAAAUAGAGGUUUUUGUUUUUUGGAAUACGAGUCACACAAAGCGGCGUCCUUAGCGAAACGUAGACUUGGCACCGGUAGAAUUAAGGUAUGGGGCUGUGAUAUUAUAGUGGACUGGGCGGACCCGCAGGAGGAACCCGAUGAGCAGACUAUGAGCAAAGUGAAGGUAUUAUACGUGCGGAACCUUACUCAAGACAUCACGGAGGAGGCGUUGAAGGAAGAGUUUGAACGCUAUGGAACCGUCGAGCGCGUCAAGAAGAUUAAGGACUACGCAUUCGUGCACUUCGAGGAUCGGGACUGCGCUGUCAAGGCUAUGCAGGAGGUGGAUGGAAAAGACAUGGGCGGCGCGCGACUGGAGGUGUCACUGGCCAAGCCACCCUCGGACAAGAAGAAGAAGGAAGAGAUUCUGCGCGCGCGAGAGAGGCGCAUGACGCAGAUGAUUUACGGACGUGGCGGAUUUGAUUGGUGCAGCUGCUCGCCGGUGCACGGAGCAAUGCGCGGGCGCACGCCGCAGCCGACGACCCGUCCGCCGCAAGCGAGAGGCGAUUACGAUUAUGAUUACGACUAUUACGGGUACGGGGAUUACCGAGGUGGCUACAAUGAGCCAUUUUACCGGUACGAUGAGUUCUAUUUUGAUUACGCGGGGCCACCGCAACCCUCCGCCGUACGCCAGCCUCCCAACAGAGCGCAACCGGACGACGAUAUCGCUCUCGAGUCGGAUACCGUCUACUACGAUAUAGAAGGAGGCAUUCAGGGGGCUGGGUCAUGUGGGACGGGCGCUCGGUGGGGCCGGCGCGGGGCCGCGGGUGGAGCCCGUGGUGGUGCGCGACGCGUCGCUCGUGGGCGCCGCACGCCCAGCGCCACGCGUGGCAACCCGCGCGCCAAACCAAGUUUACCAGCGUAUUUAAUGGUUUGCGUGUAAUCUGGAUUAAAAGUCCUUUCUCGGUAAACGUAAGCUUGACGGGGGUCACCAGAACAAUGGGGGGGACAGCAAGCGGCGGCUGGGCGCGGAGGCCGCGGCGGCGUGCGGCUGGGGCGCGGUGAGCUAGCCUGCGGCCAGGUGCCUGCGCCCCGCCCCCCGCCGCGCGGAGCCCCCGCGAGCCCCUGUCCCGGAGACACGACAAGCGCACAGGGGAGCCCCUCGCGGGAACUCGGCUCACUCGCCGCCGACCAACCCCCCGCGUGACGCUCGCGGAGGGCCGUUCCAGACCUUUUUCUAUGUAUCGUGUUUUUUAUUUACGUUUUCGAUUUUGUAUCGCGACGAUUCCGUGAAAAUCUUAAAGUAGGAUGUUAUGAAAUGUUUCGAAUGUAAGUCUCCCGUUAUGCUUAUGUUUUCGUCGUCGUAUUGGCCGUAUAUAUUGUCCGAUAUAUACUUUAUUAUUUUUGUGAAGGCGCGCGGCCGCGGUUGCCUGUUUGCGGUCGCGCGUCGGGUCCUCGACCCGUCGACUGUCUGUUUUUUUUUACUACAUGUUAUUCGAUAUAUUUUAUUCCUGCGAACGCAUUUUGCGAUGUGAUGUGUAUUUUAGCAGUAAUUAUUAUUAUAUAAGGAGUUUGACUGUUGUUUUUUGAAAUACUUACAACUUAGUAUACGCGAUAAUAGACCGAAGGCGAACGGAACGAACCCGGCAACUCUGAAUUACGGCUAAAAUAAUAGACACCUUAUUUGUAAUCGAUAACAUUUCCCGACUGUGUUCCUGCUUUAGUUUUUUGCUUUAUUUUAUUACAUAAUUCCUUUAAAAUACAUUAGUGUGAAGAAGUAGUUAGUUCAGGACUCUGCAAUGUUUACUAUCGAUGUUCUACUAAACUUUAUUUCCUUUGUAAUUCGACCACAUAGCAUGUCCGUACUGUUUGUUAGAGCUCUGACUUGUAUCAAUCUUGUAUCAGUUUAAUAUGUGGAAUAAAUUUGCAAAACUGUGUUUGCCUUAUUA